UGUGAGGAUUUUUUGGAGGUCUCCCCACCCACGAACUCUGCUCUGAUCAUGUUGUCCUUGGCUAAUUUAGAGCUGCUAGUCUUACUCCCUGCCAUUCACCCAGCCCUGGCUGAUGGUCAGCUAGAGCCUGGGGUGUCUCUCCCAUUGGCUGCUUCUGAGCACAGUGCACCCAACUCUGUUUCAUGCAGCUUUGGCUGCUUUUGGACUCAACAUACUGAACCUUACAUUUGGCUUUGCUGUAUUUCAUUUUAUCAGGUUCCAUUCCAAACAGUCCUUUCUGCCAGAAGACUGUGGUGCCAGAAAAAUCCUCCUGCCUCUGACAUUCAGUAGCCAAAAGAACCAGCCUGUAAAGUAUCAGUUGAAUUCAUGACUUGAUCUUGUAAAUAACCAAAUGUAGCUCAUCUUUAUAAGCCAGAUCAAAUGCAUGCAUGAUGGGCAGGAGGAGAGAGCUGGCAUGCCGAUGACCCCGUCUUUUCAUCAGUGGCGAUCUUCAGCUGUGCCAUGUGUUGCCAGAGAAACAAGGCUGGCAGGGCAGGCUUCGUCACUGAACCUUCUGGAAUCUUCUCACCUGCACCAUGAAUGUCUCUCACUUCCUGGCCUUACUGCUCCCAGGAUCUCCACAGGGUCAAAACAGGAGCAGAUCAAGGAGCAUUCCGUACAACUUCUCAGACCACUGCCAGGAUUCUGUAGACCUGAUGGUCUUCAUUGUCACCUCUUAUAGCAUUGAGACUGUUGUGGGGGUCCUGGGCAACCUCUGCCUCAUAUGCGUGACUAUGCGGCAGAAGGAGAAGGCCAAUGUGACCAACCUGCUCAUUGCCAACCUAGCUUUCUCUGACUUCCUCAUGGGUCUCCUCUGCCAGCCGCUCACGGCCAUAUACACCAUCAUGGACUACUGGGUCUUUGGGGAGACCCUUUGCAAGAUGUCGGCCUUCAUCCAGUGCAUGUCAGUGACAGUCUCCAUCCUUUCGCUUGUCCUUGUGGCCCUGGAGAGGCAUCAGCUCAUCAUCAACCCAACAGGCUGGAAGCCCAGUGUUCCCCAGGCCUACCUGGGAAUUGUGAUCAUCUGGCUCAUCGGCGGCUUCCUCUCCCUCCCCUUCCUGGUCAACAGUGUCCUGGAGAAAGUCUUUCAUAGGAACCACUCCAAGGCUGUGGAGUUUCUGGUAGAUAAGGUGGUCUGUACCGAGUCGUGGCCACUGCACCACCACCGCAUCGUCUAUACCACCUCCCUGCUGCUCUUCCAGUACUGUGUGCCCUUGGCCUUCAUCCUGGUCUGCUACGUGCGCAUCUACAGGCACCUGCGGAAGCGGAGGCAGGUGUUCCACAAGGGCACCUACAGCUCACGGGCAUGGCAGAUGAAGCGGAUCAAUGGGAUCCUCGUGGCCAUGGUGGUGGCCUUUGCCGUGCUCUGGCUGCCCCUGCAUGUGUUCAACAGCCUAGAGGACUGGUACCACGAGGCCAUCCCCGUCUGUUAUGGCAACCUCAUCUUCUUGGUGUGCCACCUGCUUGCCAUGGCCUCUACCUGUGUCAACCCUUUCAUCUAUGGCUUUCUCAACACCAACUUCAAGAAGGAGGUCAAGGCCCUGGUACUGACGUGUCAGCAGAGUGCUCCGGUGGACGAGUCCGAGAAUCUUCCCCUGUCCACGGUGCACACGGAAGUCUCCAAAGGCUCUCUGAGGCUCAGUGGCAGGUCUAACCCCAUUUAGUCUGGUUUAGGGCUUCUCCCUGCCACGUCCAUUGCCAGGCUGUCUCACUCAGCUAAGUGGGCCAGUUGUAUCAUUACUGGCAUUGUUAGGGCAUUCUGGUGGCACUCCAUCAUUGCUGGUUUUUUCGAGCCCAGAGAGGAUAGAGAGAGCCUCUUUUUGCACCCAUUUGCCCUGUGAAGCCCAACAUUCACAUGAUCCAGGCAUUUGUUCCUGGGGGAGUCCUGAGUUUGGAUUCUGCAGGUUAUAUAUAUAUAGCAUGCCUUGCAGCCUGACCAGGUGCUGGAACCAGAGAUGGCCUGCUUGUAGCAGGCAGAGUUCAUUCUGGUAAUUCACAAACAGAUGCUCAGCCUAGGAACCCAAGGGGUUCACCUUGGCCAAUGAGACUGUGAGGUCACCGUGGGGUGAGGGAAGGAGCACGUGGGGCCAGGGCUCUGGACCUUGGUCAGUCCCUCAUCUCUGGGUGAUGUUGGUGAACAGAAUUUAUGAGUAGUAAAGAAGUCUAUGAAGACAAGGUAGAGGGAUUACUGUCAUGGGGUUCGAGUAUUACAUUGCAGAGCAUGGAUCCUGGUCAUCUUGGGUCCUCGUGCUCUUCUGCAGCACGGAAGUCAGGCCUGAGCAGCAAGAACCCCAGGAUUCACCUCCUGCUCCAACUUUCUCUUUCACUGCCUCUGCCACCUUAGUUGGAAAUAAGCCUGCAAGUGUUCCCCCCCACACCUUGAAAACCACCUUGAGGGGGAUACCUGCAUUGUCACAGAGCUGGUCCUCCACACCUAGGACAGAUGCUGGUGCAGGGAGAGGGCUCCAGCAAGUCAGGCUGAUGGCAAACCUGUCCUGCUGAGUGCUCAGCUGAGCACAAGCACCGUGGGCCACAGUCCAGCAUGGGGAGGACUCAGGGGGCUUCAGCCAUGCUUUUACUUCCUCUUCCUGGCCUUCAGGACUUCUCUCAACAAGGCAGCUGGCCAGGAACUCUGUGUGCCUCCCCAUCAUUGACCUACUGCCAAGGCCGACAGCACUCUGACUGCUAACCUGACUUGCUCUAGGUGAUGUGCACCCUUGUUGAAAAGCCUCACCAAGGCUUCAGGAAGGGUAGGGGCUGGGGGUUUCUUUCAUUUGGCUUAAUGGGACACUGGCUGAAACCUAGAUUUCCUCCCCAAAAAAGGAAGGAAAGCCUAAAAUGAAUAUGAUUAUCUCACCCAUGCCCCAGUCUUCUGGCUGCUGACCCAGAUCCAAGGCUUUAUCUCUGUGUGGACCAGACAGACAGAUCAAGAUCGCCUCUGGGCUACUUUUGAUGGGAUGCCGGGUCUGGCUCUUGCCUGCUCAGACCCAUUCACCCUGGGGCAGAGUGGUUACUGGUUAGACCCACCAUGGCUUCCUGGGGCAGGAUAUUCAGGUGCCCAGAGCCCCCGAGGAGUCUCACUGGGAGGCUACUAGGACUGCUGUUCACAGGAUAUCUGGCAGAGGGCCAAGCAGCAGGAGGUUGAACAGCCAUAUCUGA